AUGGCGAGCCCUACAUUGAAUUUCAUUACCUUCAACCAGGACCACAGCUGUCUUGCUGUCGGCACCUCGAAAGGCUUUCGCAUCUACCAUACAGACCCCUUCUCUAGGAUAUUCACCAGCGAUGACGGAAAUAUUGCCAUCAUAGAAAUGCUCUUCUCAACUUCCCUGGUCGCCCUGAUCCUGUCUCCACGUCACUUGAUCAUACAAAACACAAAGAGAGCCUCUGUUAUCUGCGAACUUACUUUUCCGUCUGCGGUCCUCGCCGUCCGCUUGAACCGGAAGCGCCUCGCUGUCGUUCUCGAGGAAGAGAUAUACCUGUACGACAUCAGUAACAUGAGCCUGCUAUACACCAUUCCCACCUCUCCGAACCCCUCAGCGAUCUGCGCCCUCUCGCCGUCCUCGGAGAAUUGCUUUAUUGCAUACCCACUCCCAAAGCCCCGCGAGGACUCGGACAACAGGCGUCCAUCACAUGCUCCUCCACAGUCGACUUACGUGGCCCCCACCUCGGGAGAAGUCCUGGUAUUCGACACCCUAACACUCAAGGCCGUCAACGUCAUAGAGGCUCAUCGAUCUCCCCUAUGCUGCAUCUGUCUCAACAGCGACGGCACCCUGCUUGCGACGGCUAGCGAGACGGGUACAAUCAUACGAGUCUUCUCGGUCCCGCGCGGCCAGAAGUUGUACCAGUUCAGGCGUGGGACAUAUCCAUCGACUAUCUACAGCAUGUCCUUUAACCUCAGUUCCACUCUCCUCUGUGUCUCCUCCACAUCAGACACAGUACACAUAUUCAGGCUAGGCCCACCCCCUGGCAACACAACGCCCGCUGGAGCACCAAUUGAACCCCCAGGUUCUCCGAGGCAAGAUCGCUGGUCACGCGCCCGGAGCUAUGAAGAUGCCGACUCUCCAGGCAACAGCGCUGCCGAGUCUCCACGAAGUGACGCUGCGGAGCUCUCGGCGGCGAACACACCCACAGGCGCCAACAAGCAGGGCCACCGGAGACAGAGCGGAUCGUUUAGCAACAUGCUUCGGCGGUCGUCGCAGAUCAUGGGCCGCGGCGUCGCCGGGGUAGUUGGUUCCUAUCUCCCAUCGUCAGUGACCGAGAUGUGGGAACCACUGAGGGACUUUGCCUACAUCAAGAUACCCAAAUCGGCAGCAUCCGGUGCCCAAGCUCGAACGGCUGGAACCACCCCGGCAGGCCCCCUUCGCAGCGUCGUGGCGAUGAGCAGCAACAGCCCCCAGGUGAUGGUAGUCACGAGCGACGGCGGGUUCUACGUCUACAACAUUGACAUGGAGAACGGUGGAGAAGGCUAUUUGGUGAAACAAUUCUCGGUGUUGGAAGGGGACGAUAAGAAUGACAUCUCAGCCUACGGGGCGUAG